GAAGCACUACAAAUCCCCACGAGACGAGUGUACUACAUAUGAUUUUUGAUCCGCUGCUGUCGUGCUGGAUGGUUUCACUCGGCAAAGUCUGUGCUGCUGUCAUUCAGCACGUUUUAUUAAAAUAGUUUUAUUUAGCACGCAUCAGCACUCGAGUCGCAGAAGGAGAAGUGAUAUUUUGUUCGUAUGGAUGGAAGUGCACAGCUCGAGUAAAUAACAUUCACUGGGAAUAAGUUUCUGUCUCGAGCGGAGUGUCCUCCCGCUUCCCGGACAUCAUGGCUGCUGGCACUCACUCUCCUGGAGGGCCCAAUGGCAUCAUCAGGAGCCAGUCGUUCGCUGGCUUCAGCACCCUGCAGGAGAGACGCUCACGGUGUAACUCCUUCAUGGGGAACUCCGCAGUGCAGAAGAAGCCCACGUCAAAGCCCAGGAAGCCCCAUCUGUCUGGGCACAAGUCGAGCAGCAGCAGCUCACGAGAGCCACAGCCCAAAAGAGUGGAAGAAGUUUACGGAGCCCUCAAACAAGGCCUGGAUGAAUAUCUAGAGGUGCACCAAACAGAGCUGGAUAAACUCACUUCCCUCAUGAAAGACAUGAAGAGGAACUCCAGACUGGGUGUGCUGUAUGAUCUGGACAAGCAAAUGAAGACCAUAGAGCGUUACAUGCGACGACUGGAGUUCCACAUCAGCAAGGUCGAUGAGCUGUACGAGGGCUUUUGUAUUCAGAGAAGGUUGCGUGACGGCGCCAGUAAGAUGAAACAGGCCUUCACUGCUUCACCCUCCACUAAAGGCACACGUGAGAGCCUGGCGGAGGUUAACCGCAGAUACAAAGAGUAUACAGAGAACAUGAACACUUUUGAGACUGAACUGGAGAACCUGUUGGGGGAGUUUCAUAUCAAAAUGAAAGGAUUGGCUGGUUUUGCCAGGCUUUGUCCCGGGGAUCAGUACGAGAUUUUCAUGAGAUACGGCCGACAGCGGUGGAAACUGAAGGGGAAGAUCGAAACUAACUCCAAGCAGAGUUGGGACGGAGAGGAGAUGAUCUUCAUGCCCCUCAUUACAGACCUCAUCAACAUCAAGGUGACCGAGUUAAAGGGGUUGGCCACUCACAUCUUAGUGGGUAGUGUGAUCUGUGAAACCAAGGACCUGUUCACCGCUAUGCCUCAGGUGGUAGCUGUAGACGUCAACGACCUGGGAACCAUUAAACUUAACCUGGAGGUCGCCUGGUUUCCGUUUGACGUGGAGGAUCUGACACUGUCGUCAGGAAACGUGAGUAAAGCCACCGCCCUUCAGAGACGUGUUUCAGUGUACAGCCAAGGCACACCCGAGACGCCCACUUUCCAGGACACCUCUUUCUUUUGGCGUCCUCAGCGGUGGGAGGGCCAGCGUCUCUCGUUCUUGCACAGGCUCAGAGAGACGUUCCUAGAGAAACUCAGGCGCAGUCGCUCUUUUGGCGAUCUGGCUGCACUGAGACCUCGUUCACGGUCCAGUCUGGAAGUCUACUCCACUUUACCAGACGAUGUCUUCGAGAACGGAGGCUGCGGUGUGGCCGAAUGCAAGCGUCUGUCCUUCACCUUCUCUGACACGCCCACCUCAAGCCCCGCCCCCAUCCAGUCAAACCCCGAGAUCACCGUCACGCCCCCUGAGACGGACCCUCCCUCUGAACCAGCCCCAGCCUCUGAGGAGCUGCUGGUUGAGGAGGAGUGUGUGGAGGAAGACUGCGGAAGUGUCAGUGCCAGCGAUCCAGACCUGGAGUGGGACCAGGCUGAGGCCCAGGGGCACGGCACAGGCUCGGCGGCCCUCUCGCUGUGCUCCGAGAGUCAGCUGUCUUCGGUGGGACCUGAGGAUGUGGUGUUCUUGGAGCCCAACGUGUCUGACGAAGCCCUGGAGCUGAAGCCGGUGGAGCUGGACGGGGAGGAAGGCAGUCUGACCAGGCAGCUGGUGAGGAGGCUCACCUCCUCCGACAUGCUGCCCGAGGCCGGCGCUGUGAGCUGGUCUGGAGAGAGCAGCAGGACCUUCCAGGAGAGCAGCCUGGAGGAGGCCAUUCAGUCCCUGCUCCUGCGGCUGGAGAGCUUGGGCCAGCGCUGCGGGGAGCUGCAGGACUUGGAGCAGGAGGUCAUGAGACUCGAAGACUUGCUUAAGUGUCGGGUCCCUGCCCAUAGGAGCCGUUCAUCAAGCUUCAGUUUGACAGUGGAGAGCGCUCUGGAAAGUUUCGACUUCCUCAACACCUCUGACUUUGAUGAUGAUGACACGGGAGAUGAUGCUGCCGCCCUCUCACGCACCAUCUUUUUUGACAUGGAGUCAGAGAGAAUCGGGUCAGCCCAACAUCCAGAAGCAAGAGGCCACCUGAGUGAAGCCCUCACGGAGGACACUGGUGUGGGGAACAGUGUGGCCGGCAGCCCGUUGCCUCUCACCACAGGAAACGAGAACCUAGACGUCGCCAUCAGUGUUCAUCUACAAUACUGCAGUCAUCUCGUUCAGUUGUUGACCUCAGGAGGAAGCCAGUCACAGCACAUGACUUACCUGCGCAAACUAACAACACAAACACUUCUUUUGGAGGAGCUCAGUGAGAAAAACUUUGACAGACCGGGCAGCUGCAUUUUAGUGUCUGAUGUGCUGCCUGGGCUGGUGGAGCGUCCUGCGCUGAUGUCUCUGUGGUGCGACUGCAGCGCUGGGCUGUUUCACACUACACUGGAGCGAGUGCUGAAGCACAUGCAUUUCAGCUUUGCCUUACCACUGCAGCAGAUUCAGCCUCACUCUCCUGACUCAGUGAUCAGGCUGGUGGUGAAUGAGAUGAUGGACAGAAGCGAGCUGGCCUCAUCCCUGUGUCCAUCACCGUCAUCUCUGGCACAGGACAUCGUCACCGUGUUUCAGUUCCACCAUUACACCGUUCAACACGAUAUCACGGACAUGGAGCAACACCUGCUGGAUUUAGCCAAAGAGGUCAUGCUUGCCGAAGCCCUGAGCUGUGGAGAUACAGAACGCUGUGUGGAGGAACUGCAGGAAGUGUCCGUCAUGUGUCUCCAGCCCCGUCCUCAAACCCUGUGGGCCGUGGCAGCACUGUUGACCUCUGAUGACCCUGACGCGAUGAAGGCCGCUACAGCCUUCCUCUCCACCGCUGCCUCACACAAACCCUUCAGGUCAAAGGCUGUUGAUUGUUACACACAAGCCUUAUCAGAAGCAGACAGAUCAAGAGCUGCAUGUGCCGCUCUGAGCUGCCUGCAGGCUGUGGAGAGCAUUGAUGCUGUGGUGUUACUGUGUGACUCAGCCGAUGAAGAGCUCCGUCAGAUCGCCAUUGAAACCCUCCUCACUUUCGGUGAAGACGGGCGGCUGGCAUACGAGCAGUUGGACACAGUACCGAGGGAGAUAGUGCGGCUGGGGACUCGCCGCGGUAACACUGUUACCACUUCAUUUUAGAAAACGACUCGUUAUUCCCCCUCGACCCUGCACACUUCAGACGUGAAAUACACACCACCCGCUAACAAGGAGAAAAGUACCUUGAGACCUUCAGCACAGAGUCUUCUUUUCUGCAGGAUGUUUGCAUUUAUACUACUGGUGUCACAGUCGUCAUGAGUCAUUGUCGCCGAUUGAACAAUAAGAGCGUUAAUAUUGAAGGUUAGUUAUUUGCAGAUUGCAGUUGCACUGUUGGAGGCAUGUAAAUAGCACAGAAAAUCCUAUUUUAAUUUUAGUUUUUCUUUUGUAUGCACGUUCCGUUUCAGGGAUCAUAAGGGACUGUUUUAAUGCUCCCUGCUUGAGUUUUUUUUGACCUGGACAGAGCUAGAUUUCUGUAACCUCUGUGAAAGGAUAGAUUUGAAGUGUGCUGUUUGAUGCCAGCUGGUCAUAUGGACUACUGAAAACCCGAAGUGGACGGUGGACUGCUGAUUUCUAUAUUGUUCGCUUGCCUUCCCUGGUCAGGAGAAAACAUUUCUGUGGACGGAGCCUGUAGUGAACAUUUGCAUUAACACGGUACUAAUGCCUGAGCACAUGGGAUCUUACAACAAGCGCUGUCUGGAUCCCGUCGGAGUAUCUGAAAAUGCACUUUUCCACUCAGAGAAGCGUGAUGUAUUACUGUGAACUUUUGAUUUCUACGUAAAUGAAGACUAGAGUAUAUUUGCUCUGUGAUCUGAUCUCGCUUCUGUGCCUAUUGUUACUGUACUACUGAGUCAUGUGACUGUAAUAUCAUUUGUUUUAUUUAUUUUUUCACUUCUCUUCACUAUAAAUGGUACGAUGCUGAUUUUACCCUCUCUUUUUUUUUUUUACAUGCUCAGAACAGAUUGUUUUAAUGAUGCACUAAAUAUCUGUUCACAAAAUGAUUCGGUACAGUCAGGAUUUGGUAUUAUUGAGGGGCUGCAUUCACUAUGAAACUAUAUAAUAGAAAGAUGUUAUAUUAAUCAGUAUCAUCUUUUAACAGUGUAUUCACAGAGUUGUACAGUAUUUGUGCUCAAGGGAACCUUUCAGUAUGCUAAUGCCCAUGACCAGAGAAAACACUCUUUGCUGACUGAACGCUUGCCUCGCUUUGUGAUGUUUACACUCCCUGUCUUGAUCUUUAAAGCUCUCAAAUGUGAAUUUAUCUUUAUGGCGGGAAUUUAAAAAAAAAAACCCACAGUUUUGUAGAUUACCCAACCUAUUUUUGCAAUAUUUUCUAUGACAGUGAGAAUUGUACGAAAGCAGGGGCUUAAAUCCAUCAAAAGAGCACAUUUGGAGGAAUGUACGGGUUACAGUUAGUAUAUGCCUCAGAAGCACAACUGAAACGUUUUGGUAAGAUUGUUGUUUAACAUGUUUAACAUAUUAUCUGGCAUUUACUGCACAAACUCCUAAAGCCAUAAUGAUACAGAAGUCAAUAUAUUUAAGGCCGUUUUGUGGUUACUAUUUAUCAGAAUAAUCUAUAACAGAUAUUCAUCAAUAAUACUUUUUGUUUUGCUGUUUUCUGUAUUUAGUCACGGCUAUGAAUGGCUGUUUUCUUGUCUAAUGACCACCGUUACAGUAUUUGACCCUGGGCACAGAGAUAUCAAGUACUAAGGUUGAAUUAACAUUUAUUGCCUUUUAGACAGAAACUCAGUAAAAAUCAACUGCAUUUAUCGGUCAAACCUCAUUAAAAUGUAAAUUAAUGUCCUUCUUGGUAGGAAAGCUGUUGUUGAUCUGGUUUUGUGAGAAUGUGGCUGUGGCUGCUUGCCGCUGCAAUAGCUUUAGCUGCAACUGUUUGAAUGAAAGCAGAUCUCACUUGGUGUCACAAAGCUAAUGUUCCAUUGUUUCGUUUUAUUUUUCUGAGUUUACUGUAUUUCCUCUGCUGAAAGUGGCAAUAAAAUUUAUUUUUACAUAAUUAUCA